AUGAAAGUAAAGUUUAAAGAAAUUUCCUUGGCAGAAAAAGCCGUCAGCCAAGGUAUCCUCCGCCUCUACUACCACCUGAGACCAGCCAAUUACAACAUAGAACAAGAAGAACACUUCAACAUAACCCCAUGUUGGACAUGCUACAAGUACGACCACACAGCCGCAGUCUGCCAACAUAGGGAUAUCAAAGUUGGUGGAGGCAGCACUCAGGUUGGUGGAGACAGCACUCAGGUUGGUAGAGGCAGCACUCAGGUUGGUGGAGACAGCACUCAGGUUGGUGGAGGCAGCACUCAGGUUGGUGGAGGCAGCACUCAGGUUGGUGGAGACAGCACUCAGGUUGGUAGAGGCAGCACUCAGGUUGGUGGAGACAGCACUCAGGUUGGUGGAUGCAGCACUCAGGUUGGUGGAGGCAGCACUCAGGUUGGUGGAGGCAGCACUCAGGUUGGUGGAGACAGCACUCAGGUUGGUAGAGGCAGCACUCAGGUUGGUGGAGGCAGCACUCAGGUUGGUGGAGGCAGCACUCAGGUUGGUGGGGGCAGCACUCAGGUUGGUGGAGGCAGCACUCAGGUUGGCGGAGGCAGCACUCAGGUUGGUGGAGACAGCACUCAGGUUGGUGGAGGCAGCACUCAGGUUGGUGGAGGCAGCACUCUGGUUGGUGGAGGCAGCACUCAGGUUGGUGGAGACAGCACUCAGGUUGGUGGAGGCAGCACUCAGGUUGGUGGAGGCAGCACUCAGGUUGGUGGAGACAGCACUCAGGUUGGUGGAGACAGCACUCAGGUUGGUGGAGACAGCACUCAGGUUGGUUACAGCAGCACUCAGGUUGGUGGAGACAGCACUCAGGUUGGUGGAGGCAGCACUCAGGUUGGUAGAGGCAGCACUCAGGUUGGUAGAGGCAGCACUCAGGUUGGUAGAGGAAGCACUCAGGUUGGUGGAGGCAGCACUCAGUCGGGUCGUGUACGUCACAGUCGGGUCGUGUACGUCACAGUCGGGUCGUCUACGUCACAGUCGGGUCGUGUACGUCACAGUCGGGUCGUCUACGUCACAGUCGGGUCGUCUACGUCACAGUCGGGUCGUCUACGUCACAGUCGGGUCGUCUACGUCACAGUCGGGUCGUGUACGUCACAGUCGGGUCGUCUACGUCACAGUCGGGUCGUCUACGUCACAGUCCGGUCGUCUACGUCACAGUCCGGUCGUCUACGUCACAGUCGGGUCGUCUACGUCACAGUCGGGUCGUCUACGUCACAGUCGGGUCGUCUACGUCACAGUCGGGUCGUCUACGUCACAGUCGGGUCGUCUACGUCACAGUCGGGUCGUCUACGUCACAGUCGGGUCGUCUACGUCACAGUCGGGUCGUCUACGUCACAGUCGGGUCGUCUACGUCACAGUCGGGUCGUCUACGUCACAGUCGGGUCGUCUACGUCACAGUCUGGUCGUCUACGUCACAGUCGGGUCGUCUACGUCACAGUCGGGUCGUCUACGUCACAGUCGGGUCGUCUACGUCACAGUCGGGUCGUCUACGUCACAGUCGGGUCGUCUCCGGUUGCUCGCCUCACUCUGGGACGCCUCACCCGCUAA